AUGGCGGCCUGCAAGAGUGUUGUUGUACUUUGUCCAAAUGCACGUCGCCAAACCAUAAAAGUAAACCCUACAACCACUGUCCUUCAGGUAUUGUACUGCUUACAUGUGUUCCUUUAGAUGCAUUUUAAAUAGACGGGUAAAUAUCGUGUUGAACUACAGAACGAAGAACAUGGCGUGUUUCAGAACCGUCUAAAUGUUCGCUAUGCGAAACCUUUAAAUUAAAAGAAGUCUUGGUAAGUUUUCUUCACAUCCCCAAAAAUUUAAGUUGCAUUCCAUUUUCGAAUCUAUUCAUAGUAACUAUCCUUGUGGAAUUGUAUGAGAUUGCUGCUUGCAUAAUAAGCUUAUAAAGUACAAUCAUAUGGGGCUGUGCGGAAAUCCUACUUAAAUUAGAGUCUCGUGUCGGAUUUCUGUUUGUUUGAAAACUGGCGUAUUAUGCUCAUUUUAGGUGCUUGAAGAAGCGUGUAGGAAACAAGGCCUUUCGUCGGAGCAGUAUGCUUUGAAGUUAGUGCACAUUUGUAAAUAUUAUUGGUGAAAAUCUUAAUUGAAUUAUUUAUAACUCAGUACAGACAUCAUAGUCUAACAUAGGACCACUUUUAUUCAUUUCAUUUUAUUUAUAACUUCCAUAGAGCAUUAGUGUAAACAUAUCAUACCUGUGUUUAAUGAGGGCUGAUUGAGGUGGGUAGCGUCCUGCCUAGAUUAGCUUAAUGAUGUUUAUUAGCUUAAUAAUAUUUAUUUCAAGUAGAUUUCUAGAUAUUGUAAUGCACUGACUGCCAAAACAAAAAAAUGAUUUCUAGAGCUUAUGGCAUUUAUUCUUAUUUUGGAAUAUUGUCAUUCAGUAGAAUUAGUUAAUUGGUUUCUAGAAACCGAAACAGUUUCUUGUAUGUAUAGUUUUUUGAUGAGAACAUUAUAGAACAUUAUAGAAAGAGAAAGGUAUUGGUGUGUGUGGUCUUCUUACAACUGCAAACCUCGAAAGAAAAUUCUCACUCUUUAGUAUCUGUUGAUAUUUUCUCCCACCCCUUUGUGUCUCUGCUGAUUACAUGUCAGCGUGCAAAGAAAGUUGUGUUCGAUAGCCCAGGGCUAGUGGAUUUUGCUAUUGGGCCAGUGGUUUUUGUUCUUAACUUGCCCGAUGGGCAAGUGCUGUUUUUUGGGAAAUUCAAAUUACAGAAGGAUUGUAAUCAAUCUUGCUAAUCAAAAGGGUUUUGGGGCUAGUUGAAAUGACUUGUGGGCUAGUACAUACUAACUACAGCUUGCCCGAAGGGAAGGCUGUAAAACUGGCUUUCUUUGCAGCCUGCAUGGACAGUAUUUAUCGGCCAAGUCUGAGUGUAUUUUGUCAUGGUUUUACUACUUCUUAUCUAGUUAUGCCAUAUUGGCAUUUUAAAAACACAAUCUUGUUAUGCGUCUGAUCAUUUGUCAUAAAUACUGUUCAGUUACAUAAUUUAUAUUUACCAAUUUUAAUUACCAGUCUUGCUUAUUCUUACUUUGACGUUGCUUUUUUCUUUUUAUUCUGAUUAUGAUUAAACAAUCACUUAGUCCUCGCUCCUGCUUUGAAAUGAUUAUUAUAAAUGUUGGCAUGAAAUUUGUGACUGAAUGCUAUAAAUCUGAUAAUUUUUAAUUCUUGUUUCUCACCAGAAACCAAAGAAAAAUUCUUGAUGAUACGUUACCUAUCAGGUAUUCUGGUUUGUCCAACAAUGCUCAUUUGGAGUUAGUUACCAGCCAGAAAUCUAAAAAAGGUAAGAAAAUAAGUAAAUAAAUUGUCAGUAUCAUUAUAUGUGUGUGUUCUACCACAUGUAGUUACACUCUUACAAUUAAAACAAAUAAUAAUUGAAAACAGUUACUUCUUUCCCCCAUUUUGUGAUGAAAGCAGCUUAUUUGCAAAUCAGGUUGAAGAGAAAUUCGAAACUCAUUUCUGGAAAUGGGGACCCAGAAUAAUGAUAUUGGCACUGCUUUGCAGAUUAUUUUGUUACAACAAAGAUGAUUUUAUAACUGAUAAAAAUAUUAAUGGUUAUCCAGUCAUUAUUUUUAUGUGUAGUGCAUAUCAACAAAGUUUAACAUUCUUACCAGUACAGUCCACCUCUACUGUGGGGUUACAGCUGGAGUCAGGAGAAAGGCUUGUGAAGGAGUUUCCUUCAUCAUCAUCUUUGUGGGAUGUUCUAUCUUACUGGGAUUCAAAUCAGGACAGGUGAGAACUCAUUCCAUAGUCACUGGUGUUAUUAUCAUUCGUGUCAUUAUUCUUAGUAGUAGCAGUAGUAGUAGUAGUAGUAGUAGUAGUAGUAGUAGUAGUAGCUAUGGUAACAGGAUUGAGUCCAAUUCUGUCUGUAAUCAUAAGAGUGAUUAACAAAAUCGGAUGACUGUGUUGUGGGAGUCCGAUUUGUUUAAUCACAAGUAUGAUUACAGACCAAAUUGGAUGACACAAAGUUCUGCUACGAAUUAAUCAUAACUUGAACAAAAUUUGUGAUAUAUGAGGCUCUUUUUUAAAUCAAAACACAAGACAUUCCAAGAUCUUUUUCAUUUUGCCAGCAGUGAAAAAAGCCAUUUAAGUGUGCAUGAUGGUGGGUACUGUCCAAUUACUUCGGCAUAACGCGUACCGUCCUAACAAACUGUCCUAUCAAGGCUGAAAUCAGGGCAGUUUAGUUUAAGUUUAAGUUUAAUAAUACUUUGUCAUGCUAAUUAAUACAAGUAAAUAAAUAAUAUUAUAAAAAAUACAAAAAGUGCAUGACUGGAGAAUAAUUGGGAGAAACUAAAUUCCCAUACAAAGAAUAUUCUCCAAUAAUAAACAUACUAAAAAUUAAGAAGUAAAAUUUAAGUGCGGCCCAAAACUAACCUAAUAAUUAAAUUGCAUACUUGUCACUCACGAGUUACACGUGAUUUAAAAUUGACACAAGUGAUCCAAUAGAUAGGACGUAAAACUGCUUAAUGAAGGUGCAUGCAUAAUGUUCGAUAGUUGAUAGCCAAUCAGAUUUGAGAAUUUUGUCACAGUUAUUAUUAUUAUUAUUACUAUUAUUGCUAUUAUUAUUAUUAUUAUUAUUACAGUUGAACUUCCAUUAAGUGGCUCCCUUUAAGUGGCCACCCUCUAUUAAGUAGCCAGUAAUCAAAUUCCAUGAAUAAUUGUAGAAAAAAAUGGGAAACUUUAACUCUACUUAGCGGCCACCUAUAAUAUGCAGCCAUGGCCACCUUUUGCCCACUCCAACGAGAGUUCUCCCACUGUUCUCACUCCUAUUAAAGGGGCUUUACAUACAUAAAUAUACUUAACUUCAGAUUUUAGAGUAGCCUAAAGGCUAGUAUCUCCGUUGAAUUACACAUGCAACAUCACAGAUAAAAAACAUAUUAACAUGAAAACACAAACUGGUAGCAAUGGUAAACGUCUAAUUUAUGAAACUAUGGGUAUAAAGUAAAUGUCUAUAUUCUUUCAGACUAGUGGUUCUCCUAAAAGAAUCAGGAAGGGAGUUCCAAUAUCUCGCUGCAGCAUAUCUAACUGAGUUAAAACCAUAUGUAGUUGUUUUGGGUUUUGGCAAGACUAACACAUUCGCACCUCUUAAGCUAUAGUCAGACGUUCUAAACUGAAAUAACUCUUUAAGGUAUACUCAAUAGUUGGUAAAGUUAAUGAAAAUACACAACAUCAUAUUGCUAAUUCUCUUAUUUGCCAGGCUGAGUGUACCGGCCUGCUCUCGUAAACUAUCAUAGUCACAGUUCCAGUCCUGAAAAUAAACCUCAAGAUACGUUUGUUUAAGAUUUCUAGUUUUUCCACAUCUUGUGCGUGACAGAAAUGCCAAACCAUAGAAUAGUAAGACAAUUUGAGAAGUAUGAAUGCUUUAUAGAGCCGUAGAAAAAUCCAAGCAGAAAUGAGUGCUUGAUACACUUAGUUUGGCUUUAUUUCAAGAAUAUGAUGAAGGAAAUACAGUCCAAGAUAAAAGGUGAUGACUGACUGUGGACCAGUAGUGCUGCUCCCGUCAUGUGUUGGGGUCAAAAUAAAGUGAUAUUUCUGCUGAUGCUCAUAUUAUGCCAAUUUAUGACGAACCUCUAUUGAGGAGCCAACCUCCUUUCAACUGUAUUAUUAUUGCCCGUUAUUUUACUCAGUAAACAUUGGUAUUGUUAGCAGUUCUUGUCAUUUAUAUACCCUCUAUCAAGAAAAUGACCUCAGUCAGAGAGCAACUUUUGCAUGAUGUUAGCUGCAACAAGCAGUGAACAAAGACUUAUUUCUGCAACACUGGAACUCACGGUUUAAUCUUGAGUCUUUCAUCAUCAUCAUCAUCAUCAUUACUUCUGUUAGUUUUAUUAUAAUAAUAAUAUUGCAUUCACUAUAGAAUUCACUCCUAAUACAGACUCGAACAAGACUGAAUGGGAAAGCAGUUGUUUUAACAUUUAUUUAUCUUGUUUUGUUCUAGUCCUCAUCAAGGAAAGAUUUUAAACCCUGCUCAUGAGGAUAAUAAAAAUCCAGUCUGUGUUUAUAUGACUCAAGAGGUAUGAUGAGUUUUGAAUACUCUAGUAUCUUGAACAGGUGCUCAUGCUCUAAAAUGCACCCCCCCCCCCUUCAACCCCCCAGCCCCUGACCUGGAAAAUUCUCACUAACAUAUCAAAUCAGAGCUCGAAAAAAAGCUUAAAUUCAAGCUUGUCCUUUGGGCAAGCAGCUUUCACAUUUUGCUUGCAAAGGGCCACUACUUGCUCAUCUUAAUUAGUGAUUUUGUCAGAGGAUGACUUGCCUGGCCAAGUAAACUUUAAUGUUACUUGCCCAGAAAGAAAAUCUUUGUUUCCCAGAUUAGCGGAUGAGACUUUUUUGAGCCCUGCAAAUAAGAUUUGGAUAUUGUUUCCAAAUAAUUCCUUAUAUUUAAUAAAUUAUUUGAGAAAAUGGUUGUGAUGAUGAUUUUUAAUGUCAGUCAGUAUCAGGAGAAAGCUAGUAGUUAUAUGCUGUUUUCUUCCAGUACCUUGGUGAGUGUCGUUAUAAUUUAUUUUACACAGAUCAAGGGAGGAAGCUCUUUGCAAAAUACAACCUUACACUCCUUAGGCUUGGCUGGAAAAAGAGUUGUUAUAAGGUACUUAACAUAAUUAUGAUUUUCUAGUGCUGUUCGUAACUUACCCAAUGGCAACUGAAGUUUUUCUGGGGGGAAUUCAUAUUUACAGGAGUACAAUAGAACAAACCAUUUAAAUUCCAAAGAAAUUCAUGUGGAUGGAAGGUUGUUUUUCAAACUCGUCCGACUGACAAAGUGAACUCAUUGAAAUUUAUUACUAUUACACUAUGAAUUAAUAAAGCAAGUAAUUAAUUAACUAGUGGUGUAAUCAAUUAAUAAGUAAUGUUAAUACAUUAAUAUUAUUAAUCCUGCUUGUCAAAAUAUUUUUCAGGCUAGUUAAUAUGACUCUUGGUCUAGACAUGCUCCAAAAAAUGGAGCACCUGAGGGACAAGUUGUAAAAUUACUUUUCCUAGCACCCUGGGUUUUCCACACAGCUCAUGCUGGGUAGCAGGGAAUUUAUAGUUUCAGGGUUGGGCUCCCCAAAAUAUUAACUUUUUAAAGCACUGUCUUGCACAUAAUUUCCCCAUCUCCCAAGAAUGUUCAUCCAGUUUGGACUUCCUUGCAUCAUUUGCGAUAAUUCAACCAACAAUUACUUUGUAGGGCCUGUUUUAUUAUUUUUUACUACAUUAUUUUUUAGGCUAAUUUACAGGCAGUUUGAAGAAACAGCUGAAGCAACAGAAAUUCCAGAGGCAAAAGAGCUAAAAGGUUUUGGAUAAAAAUUUUACUUUUUUGUUUUUCUGUUAGAUUCUUCACUGGUAGAUGUAUGUGUUUAUAUUCUUUAAUGUUAGUGCCCUGGAAAAAAUUUUCAUAUCAGCACAACUAACAUCUUGAACCAUACUGAUUUGGAUAUAAAAUGUUUUUCCUAGAAAGGAAAGGGCCAACCUCUACAAAUCCAGUACCCGUGACUGAUGAACAAGUUAAAGAGAAAAAUACAGAAGAAAAUCAGGCUGUGAACAAAACUGUUGUUACAACAGCAACAUCUACGUCACAAGGCUCAAAUCAAAGAACACUUAGAGAAGUACAGAGAGUUGUUAAAACAGAUAUUUCCUCAAAGAUGCCAGCUAAAGAUUCACUUACACAAGGUGAAGUAAAAUUGAUGUCAAACUGCCCCAUGUACAUGUUUCACCUUCAUUUACUGCUCUCUUAAAAUUCACGUUCUUUUUUUUAUCACCAAAGGCAUGCUGUUAGUUGUUUCAAUUUAACAUCCAAAAAGGGAGGUUUAUCUUUCCGUCAUAAUUAUCAUGAAACAAAGAAAGACCUCCCUUGUUUUGGUUAAAACUUUACUAUUGGUCUUCAUUUUUCUAAUGCGCCAAAUGCCUCUGAGAGAGGGGGGAAAAGUCAGCGAAGACUUUGUGGUAAAUGACAAUUACUGCUAUUCAGCUUCUGAAUGUGUAAAGGUCCCUCUUCACUGUUUGCCUCCAAGACAUUUUAGGCUGUCUUUUAGACUCCCUCUUGCCCAAUAUAAUUUGAUUUGCUAUUCCUUAAGAUGAGUCCCUCAGGUUGUGACCCAUCCUUCCUAAAAAAUUGCUGUCCACUGGUUUGGUAUAUACUGAUGAGAAUUUCAUAUUCAUGAAACAGACGACCUAGUUCUAGGUCAAGUUUAACUGUCAUCUAGGACAUUUGCUAAAAAUACAUAAUAUUUAGAGGAGGCAGUGUGGCCAAGUGGUUAGAGCACUGGACUUGCAAUUCAGAGGCCUGAGUUCAAGUCCCGCUCUGACCACUAGCUGGAUUUGUUUACAGUAGUCUCAAGUUCAAAUCCUCGGCCACACUUGUAAAUAGCCAGCUGGUUUGGCUCCAGUCAGUUGGGAUUCUUAACCAUGUGAAGUUUCAUUUAGAUAAUUUGUUUCAGACUUUUUUUUACUGGGCCCCACUAUCAUUAGUGCUAUAAAUACUGCUGAGGGUAAAUAAUGGAUUAUUAUUAUUAUUUAUUAUUAUUAUUAUUAUUAUUAUUAUUAUUAUUAUUAUUAUUAUUAUUAUUAUUAUUAUUAUUAUUAUCUUUAUCUUUAAACAGAAGGUGUAAAGGAGCCCAAGAGAGCAAGGAGAAGCUCACCUAAAUCUCCUUUUGCAGAUUUCAAGGUAUGCAAUUUAUUGUAGAUAAAAAAUAUUAAUUGCAUACCUGUGUUAUGUUGUUAUUAGGCCAUUGCAGCACAGGCCAUGGGGACUACAGCAUGCAUGCACUUAUAAUGCAUGCAAUAUGGCAGAUUUACACACAAAAACAACAUGCACAUUUUACAAGAGCUUAAUUUGCAUGCAGUUUACAAUGUGUAGUAUCAGAAAAUAUCCAGACUCCCCCCACAGAAGGGAUUGGAAAUUCCUGGGGGGGGGGGGGGGGGGGGGGGGGGUUGGGGGGUUCUCAAAGGCCCAAAAUUUAAGUAAAUGUAUGAAUCUUGACUGGAAUUUCCAGAAAGGGGGGGGUCAAAGGAAAAAGCCCUUCCAUGGGGAACGUAUGGAUAAUUUUUGGAACCACACAAUGUGAUUACCAAAGUGUGUCUAUUCCGGCAAGACAGAUUGAACACAAUGUGUCUUGCUAAGUUUCUUUGCAUUAAUGUUUAUGCCUUUAACUCUUCAUUUCCAAAUAUAUGUAUCUUUUUGCCACUCUCUAUGCACUUCGUAUGCCUCUCAUGAGUGUAAUUCCCAAGGGGGCUACUCCAGAUUUCAAGAGAUGGGGAUUAUCAAAGGAUUUUUGGGGUUGAAAUAAAUUUUUGAUUCCGCGAUAUUUUUGGGUAUUCAAAACAAUCUGAGGAUUCAUGGUAGUGCCCGCAUAUGAUAACUUCAGAUUUUAUGAUAAAGAAACAAACACAAACGUUCAAUGUCUAAUGUUUCUAAUAUCAUUAAAUUUUAAUGCCUUCUUAAACUUUUUAAGGCUCAGAAAUUUGGCGUGGGAUUUUUUGGAGGGUUAAUUUUUAGUCUAGGGAUUUUUUUGAGUUUGAUGAUGAUGAUGAUGAUGAUGAUGAACUUUAUUCAUGUGUCGAUGUAUUUAGCUGACGCUAAUUGGGGACACAACAUAAAGAUAAAUAAAUAAUGAAUAAUACUUCAAAAAUCAAUUAGUGUUAUCUUUGGUGACUUUUUUGUUGAUUCGUGUGGUCUUUAUGCUGAGUUAACCAGUGAUUUUAUAAGAAAUCAAAUGAUGGUUCACACUGUUUUGGCUUAAGGCAUCUUCCUUGUUUUUUAUUGACUGUUAGUUCCCGGAGGAGACUGCUGGAAUGGACUUGAUCCAGAGAGAAAAGUGAGUGAGUCAUUAUUGUCAUGUUAUUUUAUCAAUGCAAAAAUUAUCUUGAAGAAACGAAAAACAGGAUAAGCCUCACAAAACUAAGAUUAGGGGCCCAAAUAAUAUUCUAAGAAUACAAACUGGGAAGUACGAAAACUGCGGCAUAGCUAUACCUGUAGAAGACAAAACGUGCUUGGUUUGCAAACAAAACCAGAUCAAAGAUGAACAACACUUCUUGAUGUUUUGCAAUGGGUACAAUUUAGGGUGACAAAGGCUAUUUACUUGUAUUUUAUUAUUAAAAGAAUGUCUCUUUAGUGAAUCUUUAUGCCCUUGACAAAAUUAAAAUAUUUAUGAACAGCAGACAAUAACAAUACUUGGAAAAUUAUUGCCAAAUAUAUUAAUCUUAUGUUCAAAAAGAGAAAAGAAUUACUGAAAAUGUAACUUGAUAGAAAACCUCUAAUUGUUUUAUUUUGCAUGUAUCAUUAGACAUUAUUGUUACAUUAAUGUAAAAGAACUUUAUUGUAAACAGACCAAUACCUCCUUAUGGAGAGUAAGGCACAAUAAAGAUUUACUCUUACUGUUGCUGGUUACACUGUACCUACUACUUGAUUAUUAUUGUUUGGUCUUUAAAUACUUUAUAAAUCUUUUUAAGAGGCAAAAAUAUAUAAGUCGGUUCCAUUGAAGCGCAGUUUAAUGUAGCAAUCUCUUAUAAUCUUUCUUUGAAAAAUCACACCUCAUUCACACCUGUACUUUUAUAUACAGUCAAAUCUCCAUGUGGAAACACCUCUCAAAGUCGAAAACUCCCACAAGGGAACAUCCAAAUUAUUUGGUUAUUCACUUGUGGGAGGUUUCGGCUGUAAGUAAAUAUUUACAUGUAUAAUAUUUUUAACAUUACCUGUAAAAAGGUUAAAAGGUUAAAGGCAUGUUUAUAGUGGAAGGUGCACUUAGCUAGUCAGCUAAUUUACAGGCACUCCACUCAAAUAUUUAGAAACAAAUAAUUCAAAUACAACAUAACAGGAUUAAAAACCCCAACUGGCAGAAGGCAACCAGUUGGCUAUUUACAAGUGUGGCCGAGAAUUUGAACUCGGGACGACCGAGCACAAAUCCAGCAAGUGGCCAGAGCAGGAAUCGAACCCGGGACCGCCGGAUUGCGAGUCCGAUGCGCUGACCACUCGGCCACACUGCCUCCUGUACUGACAUAAUAUUUCUGAAAGAGAGAAUGGAUUAUUCUCUCUUGAUUUCUAACAAUACUUAAGUACUAAUAUGUCUGAAAUGUGCACUCACAGAAAACAUUUCUCACUCAGUGUCCAUCCUGGCCACUUUUCUUUCUAUUUAUUGUUGUUUAAAUUCUCUUUCUCUUUCUCUUUCUCUUUCUCUCUUUUCCUUUUGUCAGGGCUGACUCGUCACGCAGAGAGUUUUUAGCUUCAACAUGUGACAGGCAGCCUGUUGUGUUCAGUGAAGAAGACCCAGCCUCACCUAAACCUGUUGAAGGUAUGUGUCAGCUUUAACCCUCUCCACUUGAAUGGGUUUCAAAGGAAAAACUACUUGAAAUUCUCAAACUUUAUAUUGUAAAAUACUGGAAAACAAUACUACCAGGUGAAGUCACUGCCAAAGAACUUUCAUUUUAUUGGUUACAUCACAGGGGUUUUUUCCUCAGUCUCAAACAACCACCACUGAGGUGUGUCAACAGUGAACACGAACCUUGUACGACUUUAUUUUGCCUAUACAUGGAAAAUAAUUAAUAGUGAAUGUAAUAAAUACGCGGAAAUUUUGAACAACUAAUGAUAUUAAAGCCUACAAACCAAUCUGAACCAUGCUUGAACUGUGAUGACAAAAUGUACAUGCCAAUUCUUAUAGUAGCUUGCAUGAAAAUACUUAUAUGAAAAAAUGGUCGCCCUUUGUCAUUAGGUAUUUAAUUUUAAGGGGGUAGGGACUGUUGUAUGACAUAAAUGAAUACUUAUGAAAGUAACGUAGUAGAAUGUACAUGUAUAUCCCAGCCCUCUGCUAUUGAAGUAUUGUUGUUACAGCAUACCAUGAAACAUCCAUUAUGAUGAUAAAAACGUAUAUUAUCCGUCAAAUGUAACGUGUUGAAGGAUAUUCUUCUUGCACCCGGCUAUUACAGAAUCUCAAAUUGCGGUCGUUUCGCGCGAAAGUCGAUUCGUCCGAUUUACAUACAACACUCUACAACAAGAUAAACCUACUUCUCCAAGAUGUCAUUUUAAUUAACCUUGGUUUCCACAUGUGCAGUCACCCUCUUUCAGUGCUUGUUCCUUUUUCUCAGGCUUAAAGAACUACAAAAUAUACACAUUGGGCGAAUCGACUUAGUCUGGCCGAACUGCCACCAGGCGAAACAACCCGAUGCCUGCUAAUUUGCGGCCCCGAUAGUGUCCCCGAUAGUUCUGGAUGAGUUUCGCCUCGGUAUCUGGAUAUUUGCGCCCUAGCUUUUACAUGAUCCUUAUCUCACUGCAGCGCGAGGUUGAAAAUUCAUUCCAACCCCAGGUUAAAAUUUAUCCUUGUUCUCAUGUAAACCCAGCCCUAGACAAAGACUUUGCAUCUCUCCAUUUUACUAAAAUUGGGUACUGGUGACGUAUUGCUGGGAAACUUGGACUAGCAUCCCUCCCUAGAGCGAAUUGUCACACUCCUAGGUGCUUCAUGUUAAACAGGGGGGAAUCUCUGGCUGUGCUGGCUUAGCUGUAAGGCUUCUUUUCCUUCUUUUUAACUUUGCAGGUGAGAUUCCUGAUUCGUUCUUUGAAGUUUCAGUUGAUGACAUCCGUGUAAUGCUAAGAGAUUUGAAGAAUGAAAGGUACUAAUAAUGUGUUGUUUUAUCAAACACUAUUUUUUCUGUUACCGGUAAUCCAGUAACUUGAUUCUGGCCCCUCAGUAGGUGACUGUUUCUCAUGGAUUAGUAGAAUCCGCCUUGAGCCAUCCUAAUUUAGCCAUCCUGGUAAUAAUGUAUGAUUGACACACCUGGAUUUAAUCGACCUUGCCCUGCAUACCACUUCAGCGCGGUCAAGGCUUGAGUGGAUGAUUUCAUACAAAUCACUGUAUUCUGUCAACCUAAGCGUCGUGUUGGUGCCAUGGUCAUAAUGAGAAAUGCGGGAAAGAACAGCUACCUGCAGGCCAAACCAUAUUCAAAAGUUUGAGGUUGUAGGAUUGAGAAAGGUGCCUGAACUGCAUGGGGAGCAAGAUAAGCACCCCCAGGGUUCCACCCUUGUCCCCGCUGCUUUUCCCUUUAAAAAAAGGGAGGGACCCCUCUCUCCGCUCCCUGGGGAUAAGGUUGCCCUGAUAAGUACCCAGGUAUCUCCUUGACCUUUUGUUCGUAUGCGUGGUCGUGACACGUAGUGGUCAGUGCAACACUGUGGUAACAAUAUUACUGAUUGGAGGAUUAAGCUGUACUGUACUGUGCUAUACAAAGCUAUUAGACCAGUCCCCUGGGUUCAGCGGGCGUUUCUCAUCCGUAAGCUAGGAAAUGAAGCAAUCCUAAGCCUCGCGGACCUGUCGUACUCAUGCAAAGGGGAUAACUGCACACAUCUGUUGAAUAUUAAUGCCUCUUUUAUUAUUGUUCUCGUGUGAAUAAUAGAAAUCAAGCAGGCAGUGCCCCUCUUAUGACAAGAGCCAUGCGUGAAACGCGAGAAGAAGCAGAAAUGUAUAAAUAUGACAAGGUAUAUUACUUUGAAACUCAAGGAAUUUAUAAGCAGCGAUUUUCUAAUACCUAGCUUGUGUAGCAUGCAGAAUUAGCGGGCGGGUGCUGAUGUGUUUUUGGCAGCGGAGCCGCAAGAAGAUCGGUAGCAUGUCAAAAAGUACCCCGUGCAUAACGAUCCUGCCAGCUAUGCAGGAUAUCUUACACCUACAACACAAUCAUAAGCACCACAAUGAUAUGAAGAAGGCACAGUAAUUGGAUGGUAUCUGAUUCUGAUGAAGUAUUUUAUUCUUAAGUAAGUAAGUCCUGUAUUCUUCUUUGCAGGUGGUUGUGCGAGUUAAGUUUCCUGACAGACUCAUUUUACAAGCGUUUUUUAGACCAAUGGAAACAGGUAAAUGUUUGGGCAAGAGAAAUUGACCAUAUUGUUAAGUUAUGCAGGAUAUGACCGUUUUCUACCCCUCCCCUACCCCCUCUUAUUUUUAGCGACGUCUUCCUCGCUUUUUUCAAUUGGUCAUUUUUAGAUUCCGAGUGAGACUGGGUCAGGAUUGUGUCAAUUCUGGAUCAUGACUGCAACACAUCACCAACCCUGGCCAAUACUGGCCAAUACUUUGUGAACAAGAGCUAAUCUCGUACCUAGGUCUCACUCUAAGGCGUGUCUAUGAGGUGAGUAUGUGGCAGUUUACCUCCUGGUCAUAGACACUGGCUCAUUGGUUCAGAAGUCAAAUACCUACUCUGACUUUACAUUGUCUGAAGUGCCGAAAUUUGUUGUUGCUAAUGAUCAUUUGUUCUUCAGUUUCAGCUGUCACAGAACUUGUCAAAUCUCACUUACAAGAUCCAAAUGUAAAGUUUUAUUUGUGUAAGUUUAGCCAUUUGCUUUUUUUGUAUGGUAUUUGUAUUUUAAACCAUACAUUAGGACGAGGUGUUGUUUAUUAACUUUGAACUUCUUUUUUUCCCACAGACAUCACACCACCAAAAAAAAUGCUCAACAAGCCCAAUGCAACUUUGUUCGAAGUGAGUGAUUAGCCUUUUGAUCUCUACUGCUGUAUAGACCGCAUUUCCUUUAAAAAUCCACACAUGUGCCUCCAGUCAUAACCAGAGUUUUCGGUACUAUGGCUUUGUAGCGGGGCGACUUUGUAACCGAACGAAACAGCAAUAGGGAAGGUUAUAUUGAUGCCUUGACCUUUUUCAAUGAUUUCCUCUCUCAGACAUCCUGAUAUAACUUAAAUAAAAAAAAGCACUUUAUUUGAGAGUCGAUGUACUUAGCAUGAAAGCACUAAUUGGGGACACUGUAUUUUUACGUCUCCUAGUGUCGACAGGACAGCUAUUUUACGUGGUCAUUCGAGCCACGCGAAGGUCUAGCCAUUUGCAGGGCAAAGGCAGUACCUUUGGUCCGGUCCCGGGAAUUGAACUCGCGACCUCCCGUUCUGCAGUAGAGCGCUCUGCCGACUGAGCUAGUCCUGCCGCGGUUGAAAGAAAUAUUUUCAUUUUCAUUCGCACUUUUUUUUUAGAACAAAUUAUAUCCGGCUUCAGUUAUACACUUCGGAUGUCAAGAAAAACGGGGUAAGAAAGUUGGUUUUGGUGUUCUGUAUGUAGUACAUUGGAACCUCUGUUUAGGGGACACUAUACCCUUGGGACCGAGGAAAGUGUCCCCUGAAUAGAGGUGUCCCCCGGAUAGAGGUUGGGGGGUGUUUGUUUAUAGAGACUUUAACAUCCGAGGAUGUGACGGCGGCGAAAACGUCGCCAUAAAAAUUUAACUUGCACUCUUUCAGUCUUCAUCGCGACUAUUCUUACCCACUUACUUUGUCAAAUGUAGGUGACCCCCUCAGGAGUUGAAUCCCUAAGAACCAUGUCCAAGUUCAGAACGAGGAAUAAAAUUUCGUCGGCGCUUGUUUACGUCCUCCAUAAAACGUUAAAUUGGGCAUUUUCACGCCGAAGUCGUGCAAAAACGGCAACGAAAUAUACAAAAAAGCGUGAUGCACGUGCAAAAUUUUCUUUAUUGUUGUUUUGCUUAUUAAACUCGUGGCUUUUUUUGACGUUAUUAGGGCCAUUUAUACGAGGAAAAGUAAGACGCGUCUUAAAUAAGACGCGAACUGUACCAUCUAUACGAGCUUGUAUUAUCUAAGACGAGAACAGCUCGUAUAAAUGGUUCGCGUCUUAUUUCUGUUUUUGACUCGUUUUCAUCUGAAUGUUGCCCGUAGGAACGGCAAUCCAACGUGGCGCGCCAAAAAUUAACGCAUGCGUACUAUGCGUUCGCGUCUUAUGUAAGACGCGAAGGUCAUUUAUACGAAGUUUUUCUCGUCUUAGCUAAGACGUGUCUUAUCUAAGAACAGGUGUUAAGGGCUGUUCUAAAAUAAGACGCGUCUUAGCUAAGCCGCGUCUUAUUUUAGACGAAAUGUGCCCUUUAUACGGAAAGUUCGCGUCUUAUUUAAGACGCGUCCUAUGUAAGACGCGUCUUAUUUUUCCUCGUAUAAAUGGCCCUACUGUUGCCGUCGCGUCGUCAGAUCUUAAAGUCCUUAAUAAUUAACCAACAAAGUCAAUGUAUCAUCAUUGACUUAUUUGUGCGACAUUAUAUAUUAAAUUCACACAGGUGUAGUACAUUUAUUUAAGUUAGAUAGUUCAGUUCAUGAAAGCUGUCAGCAUUGUGACUAGUGUACAACAAAAGAAAUCAACCCUCAUUGUGGUCAGUCAUGUUUUGAAUGCUUAGGUGUCCCCUUAAUGGGGGUCAAACCCAAGUAUUGGGACCCAGAACAAGUGCCCCUUCCUCCUGAAUAGAGGUGUCCCUUCAAUAGAAGUACAAAUACAAAGAUUAUGUGGACGUUUUUCCGGGACCAAAUUUUUUGUCCCCUGAAGGGAGGUGACCCUUGAAUAGAGGUGUCCCAACGGAGGGGUUCCACUCUAUACAAAACGCAAUUCUUCACCUUUCUAGAUUAUCGUUAUUUUUUAACUUUGGCUCUCCUUUUUUCAGAACACUUCCUAGCUAGCACAUUUGUGGAAAAUCCGUCGACAGUUCUGGAUGCUGAGAAAAUUGUUAUAGAAGCUGGGUAAGAGUAGGCUUGUUCCUAGGUGUAAGUGAACAGCUGUAGCGGAAUGGGACAAUUAGUUGCCCUAAGGUCCCUAGCUCUGUUUGUUUGUGUGCUGAAUUCUGCCUGGAUCAAGUUCAUAACGGUCGAAACGUUCUCCUUAGUGGUUAUUAUGAUGACAAAAGCAACAAAAAAGUAUCUUAACCUUUUCACUCCCAAAGUGGAUGACGGAGUCUUGGAAGAUGGUCCUAACUUUUCAUUCUGAAGACAAAGGUCUAAAAUGUGACCAUUGAUUCAAAUGAAACCUCUUCAGCAGUACUUUCACAUGGCACUAUUUAUUCAGUAUGUAGUUUUAGUUUUUGAGUCUGUGGAUGAAAUCCUGUGGUGUUACCAGUCAAAUGAAACCUCUUCAGCAGUACUUUCACAUGGUACUAUUUAUUUAGUUUGUGGUUCUAACUUUUGAGUCUGUGGAUGAAAUCCUAUGUUGUGACCAUUCAGAUGAAACCUCUUCAGCAGUACUUUCACAUGGCACUAUUUAGUAUGUAGUUCUAACUUUUAAGUCUUUGGAGAAAAUCCUAUGGUGUUACGAUUCAAAUGAAACCUCUUUGGUAGUACUUUCACGUGAUAUUUUACAAGAUGAAGUUUGGAAAUUUUGUUGAAGAUUAACUUUGGCCACGUUUGGUAGUGAAAGGGUCAAUAUUGUGCGCUGUUUCUGAUGUGAUAGCCCUUAAAACACCUUAUUCUUUUUUUUUUCUUUAUUUGCAGUGUAUUGUCAGUUCGAGCCUCUCCCAGGCCAGAUAUUGGUGACUCUCUUGUCAGCUCAUCUACGGUAGAGCCAGGAACAUCUUUUGCCCCUGAUACGUCACGUGACGAGCAUAAUUCUUCCUCUGGUAACAGGCCUCGUGUUGGAGGGGCCAAUAAAGGACCGGUCCCCAAGUGGUUUAAAGCAACAGGUAAAGGAGUAUUAUUAUAG